AUGUCUUUCCCAUAUAAACACGUCCUCGUUAUUGGCGCUACCGCCGGCAUCGGUCGAGCACUCGCAGACCGAUUCGUGCAGACAGGCCUGAAAGUGACCGCAGUCGGCCGUCGCCAGGAGCGCCUGAGACGAGUUCGUGAGCCAGCACGCAAGAUCCCAGCUUUCGUGGAGAGCAUCACGAAGAAGCACCCCGAUAUCGAUCUCGUGCUGCUCAAUGCCGGUCUUCAGAGACCGAGUGACUUGAGCAAGCCCGAGACUGUCUCUAUGGAUCUUGCGCGCACCCAAUUCGAGGUCAACUUCUUCAGUGUGGUGGCGUUGACCAACGCCUUCCUCCCGUUCUUCUAUAAGAAGAACAGCCCCACUGCGCUGGCCUUCACCACCUCCAACCUUUCUUAUGUUCCCGGUUUCUGGGUCCCAUUCUAUUCUGCCACCAAGGCGGCUUUGAGCUCUUAUGCCCUGUCUCUUCGUGAGAGCCUCCGCAACCAGAACGUUAAGGUCCUUGAGCUUUCCCCUCCGGCAGUCCAGACCGAGCUCCAUGACUUCAUGGGAGAAGACACUGGCCGAAAGGUGGGCAUGCCUUUGGACAAAUUCACCGAUGAGGCACUUGAAGGCUUCUUGAGUGGGAAGGACCAGAUCGUGAUUGGGCCAUUCCCCCCUGCAGAGAGAUUCCUUCGGAUUGUGGAUACCCAACGCGCUGCUUUCGAGGAUCUUUCGAAAAUGUACCGAUCGCAUUGA